CACAAACCGUCCCUCCACUCUAUAAUCCUCAAAAAUGGAUCCCCAGUUAAACACAAAAAAAAACGGAUCCUCAGUUCGUGAAUGAUGAGAUUCAUGACCAUCGUGCAGUAGUUUUCACUCUUACAGUCUCACAGUCUCCACUCGAAGACCAAACCUCAGGAGGCCAGAAACCCUAAUUUACUGUUUCAAAAUCAAGACCGACGAAUAUCAUAUGAAUCAUUCCCUCCCCAAAUUAUCAAAAAAUUAAAUUCGAUAGAAUUCAAUUUAGGAGAGAAUGUCGAAGAAACAAGGUGAGAAUCUGAGGAAGAUAAACCCUAAAGUUCCUUACUCUGAGGCCACCUCCGUUGCUCAAAAUCUCUUCAAUUUGAUCCAGAAUCGUGGCCCUGUCACCAUUGGGACUAACGCACAGAUGCUUGUCAAUAUGUCUCCAUCCUUGAUUAUAGCUGCAGGUGUUUUGUGUGGAUUUUGUGCAAUACGUUUGGGAUGUUUUGUGGGCAAUCACACAAUUUCUAGCAAGGUUGAUGAUACGUACAAUGACGGCUACAAGAAAUUGAAUGGUGAGUCUCCGGCUGAUCAGGUUGAUGAUACGUCCAAUGACGGCUACAAGAAAUUGGAUGGUGAGAUUCUGGCUAAUCACGAGGAUCGCUUCACUCAACUCCCAAAUGAGCUUUUGUCUUGCAUUCUCACACACAUGACAUUACGCGAUGUUGUGAGGAUAACUACAUUAUCAAAACAGUGGAAAAAUAUUUGGUCAUUGUUAUCAAAUCUUGACUUGAAUUGGCAAGUAAUAUCCGGAUACAAUGGCUGUUGUCUUGAAGAUGGGUGUGAAUUUUACAGACAAGCAUAUGUGAAGAGGGUGAAUAAGGUCUUACUAAAGUGUGGCAAUCAUGAGAUCUCGUCUUUUCGCCUAUCAUUUUGCUUUACCAAGGAAUAUGCUAGUCAUGUAGACUAUUGGAUUAGAUUUGCUUCUAAAAAGCGCCUUGAAAGCCUUACCCUCCAGUUCGUUUGUGCUGGUCAUAGUGAUUCACUUUGUCAAAUUAUGACUUGCGAACACUUGAAGCUUAGGGUUUUGUAUACUAUCACUUGUUCCUUUCUUUCCCAAUUACCUUGUUUGAAGAAUCUACGUCUCGAUGCGUGCAACUUGAAGCUUCAUAUUGACUUCAGGUUCAAUAAAUUGGUUCGCCUGGAUUUGUAUUAUGUGUUUUUAGAGGGAAAUCAGUUACAAUGGUUGCUUUCAAAUUCUUCGACAAUUGAAUGAUUACGAAUUAGGUGGUGUAAUCUUCCUGAAAAAUUGUGCAUUGGUGAUAACUUGCAGCGACUGAGCUCCUUGGUGAUUCAUCAUAUCUAUAGCCGGCUUGAAUUAGAACUUAAUGCCAAGAGUCUAAAAUUCUUUGAUUUUCGUGGCAUGGGAGGUGUUAAAAUCUCUUUCUUGAGUGCUGCAAAGCUGGAAAGCUGUAAUGUGGUUAUCAUUGAUGAUAACUACGAAGGAAUAAAACGUAUUUUCCGACAAUAUGCUACUUCUAUUCCAUCCCUAGAAACACUUAU